CUAGACAACAUGCCCUUGCGAAGUUCUGGCAAGCUGAGCAUGGAGACCAGAAAAGAUGGUGAGAGUACAGUCCCUGCUCCUCCACAGAAGAAGCUGUCCUGCCAGUGCCACCACCACUGCCCUGAGGACUCGGUCAACAGCACCUGCAGCACCGAUGGCUACUGCUUCACCAUAAUAGAAGAGGAUGAGUCUGGUGGACAUUUGGUCACCAAGGGAUGUCUUGGAUUAGAGGGCUCAGACUUCCAGUGUCGGGACACUCCUAUUCCACACCAAAGAAGAUCUAUUGAAUGUUGCACAGGCCAAGAUUACUGUAACAGACACCUUCACCCUACACUGCCACCACUGAAGAAUCGCGACUUUGCUGAAGGAAACAUUCACCAUAAGGCCCUGCUGAUCUCAGUUACUGUUUGCAGCAUCCUUCUGGUGCUGAUCAUCAUAUUCUGCUACUUCAGAUACAAACGCCAAGAGACAAGACCCCACUACAGCAUCGGGCUGGAGCAGGAUGAGACCUACAUUCCCCCUGGAGAGUCCCUGAAGGAUUUGAUCGAGCAGUCCCAGAGUUCAGGGAGCGGUUCUGGGCUCCCUCUCCUGGUUCAAAGGACCAUCGCAAAACAGAUUCAAAUGGUGAAGCAGAUUGGAAAAGGUCGCUAUGGAGAAGUCUGGAUGGGAAAGUGGCGUGGUGAAAAGGUAGCAGUGAAAGUGUUCUUUACUACAGAGGAGGCCAGCUGGUUCAGAGAAACAGAAAUCUACCAGACUGUCCUGAUGAGACAUGAAAAUAUUCUUGGAUUCAUUGCUGCAGAUAUUAAAGGUACAGGAUCUUGGACCCAGCUGUAUCUUAUCACUGACUACCAUGAGAACGGCUCACUUUAUGAUUAUCUAAAAUCUACUACUUUGGACACAAAAGCCAUGCUGAAACUGGCUUACUCCUCUGUCAGUGGCUUGUGCCACCUGCACACUGAGAUCUUCAGCACUCAGGGCAAACCUGCUAUUGCCCACCGUGACCUAAAGAGUAAGAAUAUCCUGGUGAAAAAGAAUGGCACCUGCUGUAUAGCAGAUUUGGGCUUGGCUGUUAAAUUUAUCAGUGAUACAAAUGAGGUAGACAUUCCUCCAAAUACCCGUGUAGGAACAAAACGUUAUAUGCCUCCUGAGGUGCUGGAUGAAAGCUUGAAUAGAAAUCACUUUCAGUCCUACAUCAUGGCUGAUAUGUACAGUUUUGGACUCAUCCUUUGGGAGAUAGCAAGGAGAUGUGUUUCAGGAGGAAUAGUUGAGGAAUACCAGCUUCCAUACCAUGACCUCGUGCCCAACGACCCCUCGUAUGAGGACAUGCGGGAGAUCGUCUGCAUCAAGAGACUACGCCCCUCGUUUCCCAACAGAUGGAGCAGUGAUGAGUGCCUACGGCAGAUGGGGAAGCUGAUGAUGGAGUGCUGGGCUCACAGCCCUGCCUCCCGGCUCACAGCCCUGCGCGUCAAGAAGACACUUGCCAAAAUGUCAGAGUCCCAGGACAUUAAACUCUGA